UUGAAGCAUAAAUUUCUUCCAGAUUAUCGCUACAAGAUCGAGCUCAGGGCGGCUAAAGAAAACACUCCUAGAACUUUUCUUGUCUCCCCUUUUGAUCCAACUUCUCAUGAAGUUGACAAAUAUAUUAAGGAAAUUCUUGAAAGAUCAAGAAAGAAUGUUGAUCUUGAGGCAGCUGCGGCGAUAGUAAAUGGUGCGGAUCAGCUACGUUCGCCACCAUGCAAGAAAUCGCGCAGUGAUGGUGUCUUUAGUGAAAUUAAUAAUACAGACGGUUUCGUGACAGAGAUCUCGUUGGGACCAACAACCUCUUCUGAAGUGAGUGCAUCAGAUACACCCACGAGCCGCAUUAGUCAGUCGAGCAGCUUCUGUAUCAACAGUAGUUCUGCAUCAGUCUACCCAGAGAACAUGGAUAGGGACUACUACCAGCCAGCUGCAACUGGAUUUAAUUAUCAAAUGCAACAGCAAUUUCUAAAGUAA